AUGGCUGAGGAGGGCGCCAGGUCGACGGGGAAGGUGAAGUGGUUCAACGGGACCAAGGGUUUCGGCUUCAUCACCCCUGACGACGGUGGCGAGGAGCUCUUCGUCCACCAGUCCUCCAUCAAGUCCGCCGGAUUCAGGACGCUCGCCGCCGAUGAGACAGUGGAGUACUGUGUUUCGGAGGGCGACGACGGCCGGAUCAAGGCCGUCGACGUGACGGGCCCCGGAGGGGCUCCCGUCGAGGGCCAGGCGCAGAGGGAGAGUUCCUGGGGAGGCGGUGGCGGUGGCGGGUUCCGUAGAGGAUACGGGGACGGGGGCUACGGAGGCUUUGGUGGUGGUAGGAACGGUAGGGGAGGAGGAGGCUAUGGCGGUGGUGGCUACAGGGCAGGAGGUUGUUACGCCUGCGGAGAAGAGGGUCAUCUGGCCCGGGACUGCGCCCAGGGUGGUGGCGGGUACGGCCGUGGUGCCACAGGCAGGUUUGGCAGCGGCGGCGGUAGUAGGAUUGGUGGUGGCGGCGGCGGCGGCAUGAAGUGCUACAACUGCGGGGAGGAAGGCCAUUUCGUGAGGGACUGUACCAUCGCCAUGAAGUAA